AUGUGUUCGACUGCCGCACCUUUGCCCUUCUACAGCCUCCCCCUCUCUCCUGCACAUCCUGCAUCGUGCAGACAGAGCUUCUCUCAGCAAACUUACCAGCCUGCCUCCUCACAAAAGAACCCUAGGUUUGAUCUUGGGGCCGGAACUGCUCUCCGCCGAGGCGGGCUUCGCACGCCGCCAACUGAAGCCAUGAGUGCUACUUACCACGCCCCUCACCUCGUUGCCUACGACAGCCAUGUCCUGCCCUCAUAUCCCUCGGCUGUUGCCCAGGCAAGGGGUCCUAAGGCUGUCGUGGCCGAGGCCGCGAGAGCUCCUCAAUAUCCUAGAUACCCCCAAUCAACGAAUACCUACCCGCAGGCACCACCGGUAGCGAACCCCGCUUCCGCCACGAGCCAGUAUUCCACGACCUCGAAACACUCUACUCGUCCAUCAACACCGUCAUCUGGCGCCGUUAACAGGACAGAUGGCACUUCGUCAAGGAGAGGCUCCUCGGCUCUGGUCCUGCACAGUUUGCACAUUCCUAGCUGCAUCAAUCCCAAGGGCGGCAACUUGGCAGACUUUGCAGCUCAGAUCACUUGCCUCUUCUGGUUCGAGUCCAUGGAUACACUGAGAGCUGCCGAGAAGAUCCGAUCUCGUCCGUCGAAUGCCCCAGUGGCCCGCCUGACCGAAUACGCGACUCCGUUCCCUCAGUUUAAGAAAUGGGCCUACAGCGUACUGUCGACGACUCAAGUAACACAAAAUGUCAUUCUCCUUGCGCUUCUCUUCGUAUACCGACUCAAGACGACCAAUCCCGUGGUCAAGGGUCGAUCUGGCAGUGAGUACCGUCUCCUGACGGUGGCACUGAUGCUAGGCAACAAGUUUUUGGAUGACAACACGUACACAAAUAAGACUUGGGCUGAGGUGUCUGGCAUCUCUGUACAGGAGAUUCACGUCAUGGAGGUCGAGUUCCUUAGCAACAUGCGUUACAGCUUGCUGGCGACCAAGGAGGAGUGGGAGGAGUGGCUCGUCAAACUGGCAUGUUUCUCGGAGUACUACGAGCGGGCCCAGAAGCAACCAACCUCGCCGUUGAGCAAGGCCUUCACCUCGCCAGUUACCUCGCCCACAGCAGUCGUACAGCCUGCGGCUACCUUCCCUCCCCUUACACCUUCUGCCACCGCCAUUUACUCGCCGAACACGACCAUGCAACCCAACACUCAGGCAUGGCCUUCUGCCUACCACAAUGUCCCAGUCUCGCCCCUUACUGGUAAGCACGUGGGCAUGAACGGAAGGAAGAGAAGCUCGGAGGAGGAUGUCACCGACCCCCCAGCGAAGCGAUUGUCGAGACAGCCCACCGCUAUGGCCCCCGUCGUCCGACCCCCGGUCGUCAACGAGCAGCCGAUGCGUCUUCCAGUCCCUAACCUGACGCUGAACACCAACCCCAAUUCCUCACAGAUGGCAUACCCUCAGACGACUGCCUACUCCACUCAGCCUCACGUGUCGCUGCCUCCCCUAGGCACCGGUGUUCGUGCCAUGGCAACUGUCUUCCCGCCUACAACCGUGACGACUUCGAUGCCACAGCUGCCUAUGCCGGCGACGGUCCCCAUGCCGCAGGCAUCUCUCACCCCGGCGACUGUCUCGAUGCACCCUGCAAUCGGUUACGGUACACCUACCAAGAGACACAGCCCUGGCAGUCUCUCGGUUUAUGCCUCGUCGCCUCUCGGCGAGCAGUUCCCAGGAUCGGUCAUUCACACUCCUAUCGCCCACACGCCUAUCUCACACUCGCCUAGUGUGUACCUGCAGCAACGACCGAGCCCGUAUAAGCCGAUCCGUCAUGUCAACACUCUUCUCUAUCCCCCGCCAUCGGCAUCUCUUAACGAGUAUCAUCUGCCUACAACGCAGAUGCACUAUCAACCCCUCGGAAGACGCAACGACCUGCGAACCGGAGUUGUUCCCGAGUUUAUGAAUGCUCCCUUCAGAAUGAGCCAGGUGCCCCAGAUGCUCCAUGGUCUUCCUCAGGGACCUUACCCGAACUAG